AUGCGCCAAUCUUCAGCGCCCAGUACGGAGACUCCCCACAUUCUGAUCGUUAAACCUGACGGUCAUGGUACAUUUUCGGAUCUGGAGUCUAACCACCCACCGCUACCUACCCAAACGUUAACCAUCACACCAACCCAACUUCCCCAGAACCCUUCCACCCUGAUUACCCAGGUAACCCACCAAACAAUGGCCCAUAUCUGGCCGGCUCACAAUCAUCCCCCAAGUGACCUAAGUGCCCCUGAGCAGCAUCAUAACCUUCACUUGAAUGACAGUACGGCCCAUUUAGUCGAACCACACGUCAAAGUUCCGAUUCCACAUUCCGCCGAGGAGUCGACUGUGCUGACUGUCACGAAACCCAACGAAGCAGCAGAUAACGAGGUCGCUAUCACAGGGCGACUUUCUACCCCUGAUGAAGAUAUUUGGCUGACAGAUACCGAAAAUUCCACUGUGGACUCCACGACUUCAUCACUUUCUCGUGUGGAAACUGCCUCAUCCCUAAAGGAUAUCCUAUCAAUUGAGCAGGACACGACUGCCGAGCAGAUUGCCGUUGAAGAAGCGGCCGAGUACGAAGACGCAGGUGAUCUCUGUGAAGUGGAUCCGUUUGCUUUCAUCCGCACUCUCCCGCCUGUAUCCGAAGACCUCCUAACCUGUGCACCAGCUCUUCCAAAAAGAACUCGGUCCUGUCCGGAGUUUUGCCUCGUUCUUGACCUGGAUGAGACCCUUGUGCACUGCAGUCUGACCCCCUUGGUGGAUGCCAAAUUCGUCUUCCAAGUGAUUUUCCAGGGUGUCGUAUACAUGGUAUGA